AUGUUUACAGGCCUAGAUAAUAGGCGGAAUUCAGCCUCGGUUCGGCAAAAUCUUUUACAAGCUCUAAAAGCAGAUUGUCAACAAUUAAACCAACCGCUAUUGAAUCAAUUAAUCGAGUAUUAUCUUCAAACUGAGUCGCCAAAUGCUCUUCUUCUAAUAAAACAAUUUAAUGAGAAUGGAAAAGAACAAACUAAAGUUCUUAUUGAACAUUUAAAUAGUCAAGGUUUAAAGCAAUGUAGUCGACAGUCAAUCAACUCUGGCAACACUGAUGUCAAUUCGCAUGAUGAUCAAGAGAAAAUUGCUCAUAUCAUGAAAGUGUUUCGUAUUUUGUGCUUAAUUAUUCACAGCCAAGUGCCAAGCUUACCAACGUUGAUCAAAGACAGUAUUUUGCUUACGAAUUGUCUGCAUGCAAUAACGAAAUGCAAAGACGAUCCAAAUAUUUUAGCACAAGGUUGUUAUUUCUUUGCCGCAUUAGCUGCGACUUUACCCAGUGAAAUUGCUCAGCAUACAGAUGCGAUUUUAAAUAUAUUUAAAGCAACAUGCAAAUAUCUGCACAAAAACCUCGCUUCACUUCGUCAACUGUCAGUUCAAAUACAGUCUCAUUCACUCGACAAGGUUCAGUUAUGGAUUGUCAAUCAAUCAGCACACGCUUUAUUUUACACACUUUAUACGGCGUAUCCCUGCAAUUUUGUUUAUCAGAUUCAACGUGAAUUGCAACGGAAUGAAAAUCCUGAAGUGUUCGACGAUAUUUUCGUUCCUAUGUUUCAACGUGUUCGAUUGAAUCCACGUUUGAUUGAAAAUGAUCGAAAACGUGAACUGGAUAAGCACAAACUAUUAAGCAAAGAUCCGUACAAUAUCAUCUAUGAAGCAAGAAAACUUUCGUUAGAUCCAUUAUUCGGUCGAGAAUUGCCAGCGAAUGUGAAUUGGAUGCAUCAGGAAAUGAAAAGAAUUUUACCAUUUCAACAUUUUAAACGACAAUCGCCUACUAGAUCAACCGAUCAGUUAUAUGACGGAAGGCGAAGCAUAAUUGAUAGUACGACAUCGCCUGAGAUCAUUUCGAAAAAAGCGAAUAUUACGCCACUUCAAAAAUUAAAAGACAAAAUUAAAUCAUUCGUUCGUCCAUCAUCGGCCUCCACUCCAGCAACGACAAUAUCCACACCGGAUGUUGGCGUCGUCACUACUUCCACUUCUGUUAAUGCAACUACAACAAAUAAUACACUAUCGAUUCCGAAUGUAUCAUCAGGAGUAUUUACUUCACCAUCACCUUCACUUGGAUCAGAUAUACGAGCAGUGAAAACAAUGCCCGAACUACAGAGUACUACUGACUUGACAUCAUCGGCCGCAUCGACACCGGUUAUUAGCCGUUCAGAUCAAAAUCACGAGACCUACAUCGGAACAGUCAUUAACACAAUUUCAUCAGUUUACGAUCAAAAUAUUCCAUCUCACUGGAGAAAAAUACUUGGUCGUUAUGAUCCUAGUCUCCUAACUGUAUCAACUCCACAACGUCAUGCAACGUUCUAUGUCUCGCCAUCUGAACAUAGUUUGGAUAAUCAACAACAACAGCAGCAUCAGCAGCAAUACGAUGAUAGUUCGCCGACAUCGACGAAUGAAAAGCGGCAACGAUGUGCAUCGGCUUCAUGUGCUAGUGGACAUCAUGUUCAUUCGCCGGUUCUUGCUGCACCAACAACUUCUACAGAUGAGAUUUUACCUCGCACUCGAUCACUUUCAACAAAACAACGAACUCGAAAUUCAACAACAGGUCCUUUUUAUCAAAAACACCAACUAACUCAUCAAACCGAAUACGAUGAAGAUGAUAAUGAUGAUAACGUUCUCGUCAGUCAAAGAUUCUCAACGGAUUCAAGCACAAUGCCUAUACCCUCGGAAUUGUAUAUCAUUUCGGAAACGAAAAAUUCCAUUCCUGAUGAAUUCUCUUGGAGUGAUCAUGACUUUAUUUCAAUACCACAUUUUGAUUUUAACGAUAUUGUUGGCAAUAAUUGUUCUUCCAAUGAAUUGAAACAGUUCGAUCGUUUGUAUGAAUGUCAUUCCAGUUAUGAAAUAUUUCUAACCGAACAAUAUCGAAAAAUAUGGAAGUAUCUAUGGGCUAAAGAAAAAUCUCAUCGAAAACAUAUCAAUGAUCUUCAAACUGCGUGUGCAUUUACCGAUUCACUCCGAGACGAAGUUGAUGUUUAUCUUACGGAAGAAUCAAACAUAUGUAAACAUGAUUCCAAAUGUCUUUCAGAUGAAAAUACAUUGUUGGGUCAAAAAGUUGUAGAAUUAGGAAAAGUCGUGUCUCGACGAAAACAAGUGUGCGCAAACGAAGAUAAACAUAUUGAAAUACGUCAAUUAGAGGAAAAUUGCGAACAACUUCGAAAAUCUGUUAAUAAUGAAUCAUUAAAACUCACUAAUCUUCAAAGUGAAUUGGAUGAUAAUGAAAAAGAAAUGAAGAUCAUUGGUGAACGAUUAGAAGAAUUGAAAGUUUUAAGCAAAAAUAUUUCUAACCUCGAUAAUCUUAACAGACAACUCGAAUGUCAAUAUUUACGUUUUACGGAUGAGAUGUCCAUGCCAAUGCAUAAUCAGUCAUUAGCAUCGCACGUAUCAAAAGAUGACGACGAACAAGCAGCAAUGAAGUCAACAUCAUCGACAACAGCAAACGGACAUGACGCAACUAGCGAGCUGGAUUCGAUUUCUUUUAGCGAUGAUCAUCAAGACGAAAACGAUGACUUUCAGCAAGAAGACGAAGGACAAAUGGAGAAUUAUGAGCAGUUAUUGGCCGAAAUUAUUGAAAUUUUAAAGCAUCAACAUCUCGAGAUGAACAAUGAUCGAUCGACGGUCGAUAUUGAAAAUGAAGCAUAUGGUCUUCUUCUUGAAUAUAUGGAAUCCAAAUCGGAUAUGCAGAACUAUUUAUUGGAGCAUAAUACUCGUUAUACGGAUUUAUAUUUGGAAGUUCAGCAGGAUUAUAUAGCGCAGAUGGAGAAGGAUCUUAUCUUGAAUCAGUCGACGUUGGACCAGAUGCAAAAUGUGGCAAUUUAA